AUGUGGUUCUGGUCCAUCAAGAUCGACAUGCAUGGUCCAGAUCAAUCAUGGAAUGAGGAAUUUUACCAAGUUCACUGGCUCCGGGCAAAGGCACUACGGGAUCAAUGGAAGGAAGAGCUGAUUCCCGGGAAUUGGCCGGGUCAGCCCAUGUCGGAGUUUGAAAAAUUUAUCCAUCCAUCAGUGGAUGAUAUCUUCACAUCUGAACCAACUGUCAUUGUCAUUGCCAGUGGAGGCUGCAAACAACAAUCUUCCCCUUUGGCUUGGAUCAGGCACUUCAAAGCUGGGCUGCAAUGGAAGAUCACUACUUUUGUCAUGCCCAUCCUCCAGUACUCAGCUGCCAGGAACAUCAUUUCAGUCAUUCCCAGCCCUAUUGCUCAUAUUCUUCAUUUGAUUCCCGGUCACACCUGGAACAUGGUUCCGGAUCACAUCUUUUCAUAUCACAUCUAUCCCGGAGAUCCAUCCCUGAUCGUAUCCAGCCAUGAUACCCCAUGGUGGAUGGGAGAAACUGCAAUCCCGAACAAACCAUGGCAAUGGGAUCGGGUGAUGACUUGCUGUAUCUUUCACUACCAGCAUUGGCUAGAUGGCAUUGAGAAUGAUGGUCUGACAAUUCCGGAGCAGGUGGAUCAUACCUCAGUUCCAUCACUGAUGGGACUGAGGUGGAUUAGAGAACACCUCCUGACAUUACUUGAGGAGCAACAUGAGGCAUCCAUGACAAGAUGGCAGAGAUACAAAUCUACACUGCCAUUCUGGACAGAUUGA